AUGGAUUCUUAAGAUGAGGGAUAAAUUGAUUCUAUGAAACAAUAGCUUAUCUAAAAAUAAGAUAUUGAACGAUUCGAUACUUAUUUAGAAAGCACCUAGAACUAUUAAACUACUGAGGCAAAUACCAGAGUAUUGUCUAAAUCAGGGAAUUUUUCAAUAAAAGAGAAACAAGGUAGGAAAAAAAGCUAAACAAAGAUUAUCACAAAGAAACCAAAAUAGUUCAUUGAAAUAGUCAAUAACGAGCAAAGGAGAACUCUCCCAAAUGGUAGCAGACUAUAGAGAAUCAAGUUUGACUUUAACUUUAUGAUGUUUAUCGGUACAGCUUAUAUGAUGGCUUACUUUUUCCUAACAGGCUUUGCAUUACUAAUUCUCUCUACUUCAAGUUUAGAUGUCACUAAUUGCUCAAUUCCCAUUAUUUCUUGGUUUAAGGUUUCAGUAACAAUGUACGUUUUCUCCUUUACUAUAUGCCUUUUUACAGUUUUAAAGAUUAAAAAGCAUGGCCUGCAAACAGAAAUUAUAAAUUUUGGUGCUUUUGAAUUAGUUCUUGAAGUUUACAAUAGAAACUGGGCCUACAUCGUAGUGCUUUCAAUUGAUAUGUUUCAUUUGGCACUUACUAUCUGGGGAACUAUAUAGAUUGAGAGAGUUAAACCUCCUUGUUUCUUUGAAAUUCCUGCACUUUCAAAUUUUAUGCUGAUAAUGGUUAUAUUGGGAUACAUUUACCUAGCUAGAGUGAUUGUAACUGUGACUCAUUAUAAGUUUGGAGUAAGAAUCUACAGGUAUUUAAGGCGAAAUCUUAGAGUGUUUAGGAAGUAUGAUAGAACUCUUCGUGCUAAAUUCCCGGUUUACCUCUAUAGAAAUUACUAAUAGAUGAUAAAAGAGUAAGAAGCAGAGGAGGAAAUAUUGCCGCCGAAGCAACUUAGUGAGGCUAAUUCAAUCAAUGAGGAUAAGGAAGAUAUAGAUUCUGAGAGUGAGAAGAGCUUGAUUAAAAUAAAUUCAGAUGAUGAUGUUUGUCCAAUAUGUUGUGAUUAAUUCCAGGAUGAAUCUGAAGUAGUUCUAAUGCCUUGCAAUAUCAAGCAUAUUUAUCAUCCCAAGUGCAUUGAAGAAUGGCUGACCAAGCACAUUAAUUGCCCACUGUGUAAAGCAGCAGUAUUUAAAAACACCUAGAUAGAGUAGUUAGAAGAGAAUAUAAGGAUUCCAUAGGAUGAAUUAUAAUAGUAAUUGAACAGUAAUAAUGAUGUUUGA